GAACCGGUCAGGUUACUGCGAAUGACGCAAUUUGACGUCACACGGAUAAACAACAAUGGCGGACGAAAAGAAAGGAGGAGUAGACACACAGCCACCAGCCCAGCCAGUACCUGCCUAUGGAGGGCCUCCCCCCUACCCCCAGGGGCAGCCCCCUCCCCAGGGGGCUUACGGCCAGGCACCACCCCCCUACCAGGUCCAGCCCACCACAUAUGUGUUCACCAACACAGCCGGACAGCAGCCUGCAUAUGUUCAGCAUGUAGGCCCUGGCCAGGUCCUCCACACAGGCCCUGUUCCUAAUGACUACCUGGUGUUUGCCAUCAUCACCACUAUCUGCUGUUUCUGGCCGACUGGUAUCUGUGCCAUACUCAAGGCCGUGGAGACCCGUGACCUGAUCGCCCGUGGGGACAUCACCCACGCCAACGAGACAUCCCGCAAGGCGCGCAUGUUCUCCAUCCUGACCCUGUGUAUUGGGCUGUUCCUGGUGCUGGGAGUCAUCGUGUACAUGAUAGUCCUGUUCACAGUCCUGCUGCCCCGCUGGGUGCACGAUGGGCCGUGAUUCAGUCUCCACUAGGUCAUGGUGAUUUUAUUAUAUGAAUGACAUCCUUUGGGAACCCCAAAACUGAUGCGAGCGUGGGAA